AUGGCUUAUCCUUGGUCCGAGGCCUACAACAAAGGCUGGGGCAAGCCCGGCAAGUGGUCCAGCAAGGGAAAGGCCAAGAAGGGCCCCCGAAAGGGCGACUGGUGGGACGAAGCAGCCGAGGAGCCCCAGGAAGCACAAGUUCGUACUGGAAGGAUCUGGUCCAGGUACCAGUUCCCCAAAGCCAUUUUGAAAGCGAGCGCCGGUCAGGAUGGUUCGGCUUUCGUCAAGGAUGCGAAGCGAAACAUCUCGGACGACUUGUUCCUCGGCACCAAGCAUCUCAAGGCCCUCCUAACAGCUGACUCCACACAUGUGCUCCGGCGCCCUGGUGUGGGGAUCAGCGAAGCAGCCGGAUCCGUGCAGGCCGGGGUCGACGUCCUCGGUGCGCUGGCAGACGUCGAACUGGAGGAACUUGCGAGCAUCUUCCACGACCCUGAUUUCAAUGCAGCCCUGGCCCAGCUCAACACUACGGACACCAGUGCGCAGCACGACAACAAGGACCUUCGCGCGGCUGUGGCGCUGCUGUUCAAGAAGCUGACCAAAACCCCUCGUCUGGCAGAGUUAGUGACGAAGGUCACCAUCGCUAGCAGCCGCUUGCACCUGAUGGGUACGGCGCUGCUGCCGUUGCUCGUGUGUGCCUCCGAUCCAGCAUGGUGGGUGUCGCAUAUCCCGGACACCGUCUCGGACUCUGCCAAUGUCAAGGCGUGGCGCAAGCACAGCAACGACACCUCAAGGAUGCACAAGGCCUUGGCAACUCUACUCACUGAAAAGCUCGAGGAGGACUCGCGUGAUCGCGGCAACACUGCCUCGUCUCUCUUCAAAAAGAAGCCCCCCGUUCGCGAGGCGGCGUCCGCCAGCCCAACCGGAUCCGGCGGCACCUCGGGCUCCUCGUCUCCUACGUCUAGUCCGUCACGUGGGAAGAAGGCAAAGGCCGCGAGCAGAAAACCAAAGACUGCUGAGACAAAGAAGCCGAAGAAAGGGCCAAAGGCAGACAAGUCAGACGACCCGGAUUCCAUCGCUGUCGCCAACAAGAAGAAGAAAGACAAGAGGAAGGCAGAAAAGUCGGACGACCCCGAUUCCAUUACUGUCCCCAAGAAGAAGAAGAAAGACAAGGAGGCGCAGAAAGCGGCCAACGAACGCCAGUCGCCUUCGCCUGCUUCCGACUCGUGCUCCAAGCGCCGAGCUGCGAAAGACGUGGCCCUCGAGAUCUAUCGCGUCACCGCUGUCUCCGGUGCGGGCAAGGCCAUGGUGACGGAAGGCUCCCCUGUCGACAAGGUCGAGGUCAUUGAAGAUGGUGAGACGGUGGCCUCUGCGGUUCGUCGCCUGUUCGAGGCACAGGGCAGUCAAGCUGACGUGGCGAAUUGGGAUAUCCGGGCCAUGGAUGAGGAUCAGGUCAUCCGUGAAAUCCAGCCCGACGUGACUUUGGCCAGGGAGUGCAGCAAGGUCGUCCUCGUGCGAAAGGGAGGCUAA